AUGAACUUAGAUCCUCAUGGAAAUAGGCAGAUUGGUACAUCAAUUUCUUCCCCUAAUUACAGCUCAUAUCCAUCGAAUUCACAAUUUGACAACAGAGAUGAGACUAUAGCUAAACUCUAAGAGAUAAAUGAGAAGUUUAGAUCGAGAGUAGCUGAAUUGGAGGAUAUUGUAUUUCAAGCAUUAGAUAAGAUUCAGUAGCCAGAUAAUGAAGAUAAAGCAGAAAGGAAUUUCUUUUCACACAGAGUUUAGCCUCUUGAAGACAUUUCUGAAAUCUCAGAAAGAAAUCUAAUGCUUAAGCAAAUGUAGCAAGAGAUUAAUUUACAGAAAUAAAAUAUUAAGUCUCUGAAAAACAAACUCGAAGCAGUAACCAAUGUGCAAAGAAACACUGAUAUAGAAAACCAAACAUUGGACCUAGAAAGACAAAACAAAGAAAGAAUGAAACUAUUCAAUUCACUAAUGAACAGAAAUGAAGAGUAAAAAAGAGAGUUACAAAUGCUAAACGAAGAUACUGAGUUUGGGCAUUAGAUGGAUUAAAUUAACAGAGAACUGGCAAAAUGGAAAGAUAAGCAUAAAAUGCUUGCGCAGUACAAAAAAGAAGAAGAUAUGAAUUUUAAGAGCAAAUUUGAUCAUUUAAUGAAAGUUGAAUAAGAGAGGUCAAGGAUCAAAGAAGCGAUAAGCAUGAUUGUUUAUGCACCCAUGGAUUAAAAUAAUAAGCGUGGCAAAUCAUAGGCUCUAACUGGAAUGAAAAAGACAAAGUUUGCAGACUAGGAUCAAGAUGUAGAUCAACUUUUAAAAACAAGAAAUGCUAUAGAAAAAGUUAUAGACUAAAAUACAAGACGAUAUCUUCUUACCAAAAAAGAAAUGGAAUAUAAAGAACAAGAGCUUGUAGAAGAGAUUGAAAAUCUUAAACUUCUUAUAGUUAACACAGAGAGAAUGAACGAGUUUUAUUUUGAGGAAGUGAAAGAGCUGAAUUAACUAAAUAAAACUCUGAAAGAAGAUUUAGCAUUUCAACAGCGGAACUCUAUUCUUGAACAAGCAACAGAUGAUGAAUAUGGUAUUAAUUAGAAUUCUGGAAGAAAUAAAAGUCUGAGUCAUUCAAAGUAAAGAACUAGAGCAAAAAGUAGAGCAAAUUAGAAUUUUUCAGUUUCAAAAUCUGUAAGUAACCUUCAUAAAGUUAAGCAGUCACAAGAUAAUACAGAUUUCAAAAUCAUAAAAAAAGUAGAUCACCCUGAUAAUCCACCUGCAUAUAAUAAUAGACAGUUCAAUGACAGUAUAAAUGAUAGAUAUGGCGAAACUCCAAAUACUCAACCCAAAAAAUCUAAUCUUAAAAGAGAAAAUGAGAUAAUUUUCAGAUAUGAUAAUAAAGAAAUAUAAGGUGUAUCUGCAAUAAAUAUGCAAAACUAGAGAAGUCCAAAAAUAGAAGAUAAAUCAAAAGUAUAAGGCAGUAAAUAGCAAUAGUAAUAACAACCCUUGGUUUCUUAGUCAAUGGAAAUUAGUAAGAAUCCUCCAAAGAAAAGAUGA